GUACAAACCAAGACAGAGGAGGACUGAAGUGCCAGUCUCCUCUUUCUCCUCUUUCCUCCUCUCACACUUUUCAGUCACUUUUCUUAGUUCUAUUUUCCCUGAACUGAACCCGUUGCUCCCUCCGUAAACCCAACCAAUAACACAACAGUAACAAGCAAACGAUGGAUGGCUCUUCUGAUCACUCCCAUGACUCUACUUGCAGUGCCAGGGCUCGUGAUUUGGAGGGAUUGGCAGAAUCCUUUCAGAAGUAUCUCAAGUCCAAUGGAAUGAUCCAAGACAGAAAGACAGUCCUCCUGAAAACUGUCUCCAAGUGCUUUACAGGAAGUCAAGCUGUCUCAGCCCUCCAAACAGUCAUGACUCAGCAGCUCCAGGAUCGUUCUUCCAACUUGAAAAUUACCAGAAAAGCUGCCUUGAUGGCAGGCAAUUCCAUGGUCAAGUACUUUCAUCUUUUCAAGCAUGCCAACUGUUCAAACAACUUCACAGGUGAAACCACACUGGAAGACUCUGAUGUGGAAUUCUACCAGUUUGAUCACAACUUGCCUUGCCAAGUACGCAGCAUGAAACGCCAGUAUCCAUCCUACUGGGACAAGGUCAGACUCCUAGAGCAACACGUAGAAGUCAAGGAUCGACGAUACAUGCUUUGUGUCUUUCCCAACUGCUUUGUAGCCAGCGAAGCCGUUGAUGUCAUGAUGGAUCUCAAGCUUGUCAAAAGUCGUGUUGAUGCGGUUCAUCUCAUGGGAAAACUCAAUCAAAAAGUGUUUUGUUGUGAACACGUCACCAAUGACCAUGAAUUCAAAGACGAAUACUUAUUUUUUCACUUUAUAGCUCCCAAAGAACGCAUGCCAGAACCUGCCAGGAAAACAAAAAGUGGCAGAUCAAAGUCUCCUAAUAAGACUAAGCGAAGCAUCAGAAGAUGCAAAAGCAAGGAAUGGGCAAGCGUUAGAGCCAAAAGUCCUCUGGCUCAGAAUCAAGUCCAAAAGGAGCCGAAGGAAGAGAAAAACGUGGACCCCUUGAGAGAUUCGGUGACUAGCAACACCGAUGCCUCUAGCUAUACCGGUACUGAAGUAGUUGAAUAAAGUUGGAGUAUGUAGAACAGGGCUUUGUUAGUUACGU